UCCCCAUGAGUUUACCGAGUGAGCGGCCUGAGGAGAAGCUGGAGACUGUUAUCCAGAAACUAGAAGACACUGUACUGAACCCAGAGCUGAGUGGAGAGGACAAAAGUCUGACAGUUCGUGGAGAGGGCGAGGGCACGACACUAACUACGGUCCCUGCUCGAAUCCGAGAGAUAGUUACCAAGAAUCUUACUGAGGAAAGAAUGGAAGGCCCACAGGAUAGGAGUUCCAUGACCAGUCUUCGGGAAGAGAAUUCAAUGCUGCAGGAAGAACUGUCCCGAAUGGAAGACCUGUUGGCACAGAGUCAUGCUGAACGUGAUGAACUAGCUAUCAAAUUCCGUGCUGUCAGUGAACGGUUGGAGAAAUCACUCAAGGUGGAAGUUUCUGAAUGGGAGCAAAAGGGGGCUGAGUCAAAGGCUGUGUCAGAUCUCCGCCGCCAAUUUGAGGAUGAAGAAAGGGUUUAUAGGCGAAAGCUUCAGGCAUAUCAAGAUGGACAACAGCGUCAGGCUCAACUUGUACAAAAGCUUCAGGUCAAGGUUCUGCAAUACAAGAAAAGAUGUGGUGAGCUGGAACAGCAGAUGCUUGAGAAGACCUCUGAGUUGGAACAGCAGAAAAUCUCGUUACAGAGCCAUGUAGAGGCAGUGGAAACUCGCUUGAGGAGAACAGAGUAUGAGCACAGCACUGAACUGGAGACUACCCUCAUUCGCCUAGAGGAGGAGCAGCAGAGAAGCAGCAAUCUAUCCCAAGUCAAUGCCAUGUUGCGGGAGCAACUGGAACAAGCCAACACAGCCAAUCAGCGGCUUGGUGAGGACAUCAGCAAGAUCACAGCUGAUUUUGACAUAGCUCGGAAUGAACUGGAGCGGAGAGAAAUGAAGCAGCGAUGGGACCAGGAGCGCUAUGGCUUGCGCCCUUGUGUUGAGCGUGGCAAACUACUGGCCCUCUGGCAGCAGGUCACUACAGUCCGCAGUGAGCUAAGUGAUCUGAAGAGUGGGGCGGAGCGGAGCCUCCUGGAGAUGAAGGCUGAUUUUACCCGAAACUCUCGGCGCCUGCAGACUGCCUGCUAUAAUCUGGACUCCAACCUGCACUUAUCUCGGGCGGGUGCCACUUCGACGCUUGAGAGGCAUGCGAUACAAAGUGGGCGGCUUGAACAGCAGCUACGUGACAAGGUCAAAGAGAUGAUUCAACUGCAGAGCAAGUGUGAUGUAGAUAAAGCAGAGCUCCAUGCAAGAAUUCAGGAGUUAUCUGUUGUCAUGGAGAGGCUGAAGAUGCAGAAUGCUGAGAAGGAGAGAACAAUCAUGUCGCUCAACCGAACUGUGGAGAAGUUGGAAUCGGGCAAGAUGGAAAUUACAAGUGAAACCUUGUCGAAUGAAGCUCUAAGAACUGAAAUUGAAUCCUUACAUCAAACCUUGCGCAGCAUUGCUCAGGUCACUGCUGCUGAUGCAGAAUCUACAGGUUUGCCGUCUCUGGGAGGGGCAGCUGAGGGAGCUGAGGUGGGUACCGGAAGGCUUGGCUCACCUCUCCUUUCACGGUCUCCGGUGCUUAGCACCCCUUCCCCUCGCAGGCACAGGUCACCGACUCGUUCGCAGUCACCGCUGCGCAGCAUGUCACCAUCUUGUGGUGAUGCCACAUUGUCUGCUGUCCAAUCAGCCCUGCAGAGACGACAGCUCCAGGUGCAGGAGUUUUGUGGAAAAUUGGACGCUGUUCAGGAUGUAGUCAGUUCUUUGAAGAAGCAGCUGGGGGAGAGUGAGAGUGAGCGGAGGCAACUCGAGCAGAAGAUGGUGAAGCUGAAAGAUGAAUUGGAGUCUUCAGGCCGGGCCCGGGAUGAUGCCAAGAGGGAUGCAGCGCGCUAUCGAUCCUCUCUGGAAAUCAUUGGAAGUGAGAAAGGUAACUUGGAGAAGUUGGUACAUUCUCUGAACCAACAAAUCGAUAACUUGCAGAUGGAUGUAGAGCACGCGAAAGCCGUGAACGCUGACUUGCAACGCCAGCGAGAUCACCUGGAAGAUGAGAAGGAGGAGUUACACAAAGACAAAGAACAAGCCAAGAAAGAAGUUGAGAGAGGGCAGAAGGCAUUGGAGCUAAUGGAAAGCAAGAACUCAUCUUUGAGAAAAGAGUUGGUCAUUGUUAAAGAAGCCUUGAACAAAGCUACACUGGAGAAGGAAGUCUUACAGAAUGAGAAGGUCGACCUGGCUGAGGCUCUCAGCAAGGCUGAGCUGACUAACGCAGACUUAGAGUUGUCCUUAAGCAAGCUGAAGACCGAAGAAGAUGCUCUGCGAGACACUCUUGCUAAGAUGAGCAUAUUAAAUGAAGGAUUAGCUCAGGAUAAGGUUGAAUUGAACCGUAUCCUCCUGCGGAUGGAAAGUGACAGAUCAGCCCUGCAGGGUCAGAAGAAAGAGAUUGAAAAGGCAAAGGCUAACAUCCAGGAUGUGUUGGUCCGUGUGAAGCAGGAGAAGAUGGAGCUGGACACAGAGAAACACGGCCUGGAUCAGUCUCUGCAGAUUGUGGAGCAGAGCCGCGAACAGCUACAAUGUGAGAUGGUGAUUGUCCGACAAGAGAGAGAUCAGCUUCAGGAGCAGCUUGGGCAGGUAAACAGGCAAAAGCAGGCUCUGAACGAACAGCUGACCCAGAUGCAACGGGACGUAGGACUUCAGAGCGAAGGGCUACUCCGAGCCAGCAGAGAGAAGGAGGAACUGAUAAAGGACAAAGCCAACCUGGUGGUGCAGCUCACGGCUGCUGAGAAAGAGAGCAGGGCCCUGGGUGAGGAGGUGGCUGGCCUCAGGGCAGAUAAGGAAGCCUUGGAGACCAGCUUGUUUGAAUCCCAGCAGUUAGCUCAACAGUUGGAAGCUCGUAAGGAGCAGUUAGAAGGAGAGAACCAGACCAUCCUCCUUGCUAAGGAAUCACUUCUAGUGGAGAUUGACAGUGCCCACAAGGAGUUGGAGCAACAGCUGAUCAACUUUGAACGGGAUAAAGAGCUAUUGCAACAGAAACUGAAUCAAGUCGAGCAGGAGGCCAAGCUCUCACUGAACAAUGAGAAGUUGGUCCAUGAUGAGGACGUUGAACGUCUCCGGAAAGAAAAGGAGAUCCUACGCCUUGAGCUGACCUCCGAGAGGGAUGAAGCCAUUCAACGCUUUCAACUUGAACGUGAAGACCUGGCCACCCGCUUUGCAGAAGAGAAGGAGGAGCUAACUGAAGAAAUCCUCAUUUUACAAAAGGAGAGGGACGAGAGUCUGAUCCAGGCAGAGAGCCAGAAACAGCAGGCCUUGUGUCUCAAAGAAUCCGAGAAAAAUAUCCUGUCGGAGAAACUCAGUCAGGCCCAACGUGAACUUGGCAGCGCGAAUAUGGAAAUCGAUCGGGUGAAACGGGAGUUACACAGUCGGCAAGAGCAGGACAAGAACACCAUUAACAACCUUAAUGCUGAGCUGAAGACCUUCCGAGGUCAGUUUGAGGAAGCUGUGGCCUCCCAUGAGAGACAGGUCAAAGGUCUGAAUGAGCAGCUUAAAGACUUAUCACGGCAGAGAGAAGUAACUCUCAGGGAGAUGGAAGAGUUAAAGACACAACUUCGUGUGGCAGAGGACACUCGGGAUGGGAUUCGUAAGGACCUGAUUGAAUCCCACAGGAAGGUCCGAGAGAAUGAGGAAGCUCAGGAGGUGCAACGGAAAGAGAACCUGGAGCUCAAGCGAGUUUUGAACGAUGAGAUCCGUGAAAAAGAAGCCAUCCAGAAUUCCAACGAGGACCUCAGAAAUAUCAUUAAAAAGAUUGAGAGUGAAAGAAUCAGCUUAAAGAGGACAAAUGAGGAGAAGGAGCAGAAGAUCAACAUCCUGGAAGAAGCCAAAACCACAGUUCAAAAUGAGGCCGGGGAACUGCGCUCAAACCUCCGGGACGUUGAAAAAUCAAGACUAGAGGCCCGGAGAGAAUUGCAGGAACUUCGACGACAGGUGAAGAUGUUGGACAGCGAGAAUGCAAAGAAGAGCAAAGAAGUGGAGGAAUUGCAGUCCCGAAUGACUGUGACUGAACAACGUGGGGAGGAGAGCAGGAAGGAAUCCUUUCUCCUGAAGCAGAAGAUUGUAGAUGCAGAAACUGGCCGUGAAUCAGCUCGCAAAGAGGUUGCCAAUCUCCAGAAGAAGAUAAUGGACAUGGAAAAUAAGUUCAAAGCUCAUGAGAAAGAGCUCCUUGAACAGCUGGAGGAUUGCCAAUUGAAUGAGAAGAAAUUUCAAGACAACAGCCGGAAUCUGGAACUGAAGCUGCAACAUGCCAAGGGGGAAGCAGAUGAGUUAAUGCUAAAGAUCAGUGCUAUGGAAGGCCGUGUAACUGGUCUAGAAACAGAACUGUCCAAGGUAGAGUCUGCCAAGAGGGAUAUGGAAUGCAAGUUGGGCAGUUUGCACUCCACACUGCGCAGAACCUUGGGAAUUGGCCAAUCUAGACGCACAGCCAGCCCAGGAUUUUCCAGCCGUAGCCCUUCUCCACAGCGAGCCCGCUCUCCCACCAAAGGUUUUGACAACACUUACACCACCACCACAGAUGGACGGGGCAGUCCAAUCCCACGAACUGGAUCUCCGGAUCGGAGUCACACUGACUCUCCUUACCACUCUGUGUCACCUACUCGUGCUGAACCAUGCACAGCCGACAUCGAUCCUGAAGUCGUUAAAAGUGCCCUACAAGACUUCCUGCACGAACUUCGGGACACACAGAAGCACAGGGACGAAGCUUGUGUUCAGCUGGCAAACCUGGCACGGAGGCUGGCAGAGGUGGAAACAGACCGUGAGCGGACUAACACACGUGUUCAGCAUCUUCAGAAAUCCUUCACUGAGGCAGAGGAAGGGAAACGAGGAUUAGACGGGCGAUUGAGUCAGGCUCAAGCUACACUCAUGCUGCAAGAAGAGACGAUAAGACGUGGAGAGAGAGAAAGGAAGGCCCUGACUGAACAAGUGGCCAAGUUGGAAUGGAGCCUGCAGUCAUCUGAGGGCGAGAGGCGAACACAUCAGGAGAAGAUCAACAAAAUGAAGGCAAAUGAGGCCAAGCUGGAGGCUGACAAGCGUAAACUGAAAGACCAGCUGGAAGUGUCUGAGAAUCGGAUUACCAAGUUGGAGCUCUCACGGCGCUCCUUAGAGGGGGAAUUGCAGAGAGUGCAGCUGACACUGAACGACCGAGAAACAGAGGUCCACGUCGUUCAGGAUCGGAUCGAGAUGCUCCAGCGGCAAGUGGCUGAUAGUGAGACAAAGGCCACCUCCCUCCAGCUCACCCUAGACCGACUGUCGUUGACCCUGGCCAAGUCCGAGGAGGGUGAGAACCACCUGAAGGACAAGGUGCAGAGUCUGUCGCUGUCUCUCUCAGACACGACCGCCAACGCAGUGGUGCUACAGGAGCAGAUUUCUAAACUUCAGAAAGCUCUAACCUCCAGUGAACAGGAUCGACGGGUACUUCAGGAGCGGCUGGACGCCAUCAAUCAGGGAUUCUCGGAAUCAAAGAAAAAGACCCAUGGUUUAGUGGAACGGGUGCAGUUGUUGCAGAAUGCACAGGCAGAUCUGGAGCUGAGGCGCUUGGAGCUGGAGGGACAGAACCGGCAACUCCAGGAGGUAUUGCACCAGAGGCAGGAAAGUGAGGAAGGGGCCUUGAAACAGAUUGAGAAACUUCAGCAAGAAAAACACAUCUACCAGGAGCGAGUGACCAACUUACAGAGAGCUGUUGCCCAGUUGGAGAAUGAGAAGCGAGAACUCCAACGUUCAAAAGUCCGCCUCGAGAAGGAGCGAUCUGCCCUGAAGAAAGCGCUGGACAAGGUCGAACGGGACAGGUUGAAGUCUGAAGAAGAUGCCCUGCGGCUCUCAGCCGAGAAGGGACAGCUGGAUCAGUCUCUCACUGGUGCAGAAAUGGAUCUUGCAGAAACACAAAGACAGAUUCAGCAGCUGCAGGGUCUGACAGCUGAGAUGGAGCGGAGCCAUGGCCAGCGAGUGAUUGAGCUGACGACCCGUCACCGCCAGGAGCUAGAGAAAGAAACCGAACGCCUGCGGAGUGCUCAUCAGGAGGCUGAGAGGACCCUGGAGGCCAGGGAACGUGCCCACAGGCAGCGUGUGAAAGGGCUGGAGGAACAGGUGGCCACCCUGCAGGAGCAGUUGGACCAGGAGAUGAGAAGAAGACAAGCCUACAUUGCUCAAAUGCUCCGGUCAGGCAAGUAGCAAGCUGGACUGGAUCACAUGCCUUCAACUUGUGAAAAUGGAGCCACUUGCAUCCGGUGGACAGCUGAGAGCUUACUGCACAUCAAAUAAUGAGUACUCACAAAGCUACUAACUCAACAAGAGUUGAGUGACCAUUCUGUAGGAUCCAAUAGCCCUGUAAAACCUUUGUUUUGAACUGCAAAUUAUACAAAGUGAUUGGUCUUAUACAACUCGUCCUCAAUCGACACUAAAUGCCCAGUGAUGUGUAAGUGAGCAGUUAUUGAUCAUAACAUCUUAAAGGAGCAACUCCAAUUUGUUCCAGUUCACCUAUUUUGCAUACUAAGAAGGAAUUCACCCCAGUAGCAAGCGCAAAUAUUCCUGAUCCUUCUUACAUGUAACUUUAAUACUGUGAAAGACUGAUAUCUUGAAAUUAUCAUUUUGUAAAGUGUCUGAAACUUCCUCAAAAGCCACUGACUUCUGUCUCAGUCAGAGGAGACCCUCUUUAGGUUUUUGAAACUGUUUUCCAGAAAGUAUUUUUUUCUGCCGUUUCCUUUGUCCAUUUAAAGGGGAAGAGAUGUUUCAUGAGAGUAUGUGAUAAAAAUGUACCAUUCUUAAACUUCACACCCAUCCUGGAUUUAGAUUUUCACAAGCUUGUACUGUUACUGGCAUUAUUGAGGGCUUCAUCCCUCAGUACAAAGAGGUACAACACUCCUCUCUUUCCCCCCUCUCUGGCAUUUGCCCCGCUUCACCCCACCACUUUCACUCCAGUUAAAAUAUUGGGGGGAGAGUCCUGACACCUCUCCCAUUAACUUUUAGACUGGUCAAGGAUGGCAGAAGGCUACCACUGGAUUUUACAAGCCCAUCCCCCUCACCUCAUCUUUAAAGCUACCAGAAUAGAUCAUAGAAUCCCUGUGAAAGCAGGCCAUUCGACCCUCUGGACAGCAUUCCGCCCAGAUCUACCCUCCUACUCUAUCCCCAUAACCCUGCAUUUUCCAUGGCUAAUCCACCUCACCUGUGCGUAUGGACAACUUAGCAUGGCCAA